AUGUACAACAGAACCAAGUACCACAGAACCAUGUGCAACAGAACCAAGUGCCGCAGAACCAUGUACAACAGAACCAUGUACAACAGAACCAAGUGCCACAGAACCAUGUAUAACAGAACCAAGUGCCACAGAACCAUGUACAACAGAACCAAGUGCCACAGAACCAUGUAUAACAGAACCAAGUGCCGCAGAACCAUGUACAACAGAACCAAGUGCCACAGAACCAUGUAUAACAGAACCAAGUGCCACAGAACCAUGUAUAACAGAACCAAGUACCACAGAACCAUGUACAACAGAGCCAAGUGCCACAGAGCCAUGUACAACAGAGCCAAGUGCCACAGAACCAUGUAUAACAGAACCAAGUACCACAGAACCAUGUACAACAGAACCAAGUGCCACAGAACCAUGUAG